AUGAUACUCUUAAAAAUAUUAAUAUUAUUAUUUUUAUCAUUAUUUUCAUUCAGUGGUCAAACAACAACAACUGUUUAUGGAGCAGUUCAAUCAAUGCUAACUAGUAAUCAAGAUGAAGUCGAUUAUAUAGUUUUGGGAGCUGGUACUGCCGGAUCAAUAAUGGCAUCCAAAUUAUCAGAGGAUCCAAACAUCAAAGUUUUACUCGUCGAACGUGGUGAAUGGGAUUCGGAUCCUUACAUUUACAAUACUAGUGAUUGGUACGAUCACUGGUUUGUCCAUCGUAACCCUCUCUACAGUCAUGACUAUGUUGGUCAACCUGAACCAAAUCUAAAUAAUGCAAGACCAUCAAAUAUUGUUGGUACCAUGGUUGGAGGGUGUUCUGGACAUAAUGGAAUGUUGGCAAAUUCGGGAAGUGCAAAAUUUGAUUGGGAAAAAUGGGGAGAAGAGACAAAUGCCAAAGAAAAUUGGUCUGGAGAUGUUGCCAAGGGAUUGUUGCAAGAAUUCCUUGCAGACAUUCCAUUGGUCUUUCAAGACAGAGAUAGAACAUGGUUACCAGAAAUAGGACAGGCCAUUGAAAAAUCAUUGGGAUUCCAAUGGAAUCGCCAGGAAUUUGUAAAUUUGGAUCAAACUGGGUACUCGACCAAACAACAUUGGUUCACACCUCAACAAUGGAAAAGAAUAACAACCUACAGUCAAAUGAUCAAAGACAAUGGUGCGUUGAAUAGACCCAAUUUACAUGUCGUUGUGAAUCAACGUGCCACCAAGAUGGAGUACGAGUCGUUGGCAGAUACUGCAUCUGGUACUGGGUUCAAGGUGACAGGUGUUUGGAUACAAAACACUCAAACUCGUCAGAGUGUAUUGGUCAAGGUUAGAAAAGAAGUCAUCUUGUCAAUGGGUGCUAUAGAGUCUCCUAAAUUCCUCCAACUAAACGGUAUUGGUGAAAGAGGACAUCUCUCGUCGCUUGGUAUUACCACGGUCGUUGACUCUCCAGGUGUCGGUAUGAACUACCAAGACCACAGCUCCAUCAUGUUCUUUGGUCGUCCGCUAGUCGACAGUCUCAAAAAGAUUGCCGUACCCAAGCGUGGUCCUGUCCAAGACGGCUACAGUAUCUUUGGUCCACUCGAUGCUGCUGCCACAUCGGGCAACAGCUACACAAUGAACGUUGAUAUUGACAACUCUGCCUUCUUUUGUUAUGUCGAAGCCAACAGACCAAAAUCACGUGGACAUGUCAAGAUUACAUCGACCGACCCCUACGCAGAUCCAGAUGUCUAUGCCAACUUUUUUGACCAUCCACAGGAUCUCGAAGACAUGAUCAAAGGACUGACAGACUGUUUCACCUUGCAAGAGGAACUUACAAACAUGGGUAUCCUCGAUGCUCACGGUGCAUCUCUUCCACUCGGUCUAAACUCUUCACGAGAGGCCUAUAUCAACUAUAUCAAACAGGCUGCCUCUACCGAUCACCAUCUAACCAGCUCCGUCAAAAUGGGUGCCAAAGAUGAUCGUAUGUCGCCACUAGACGGCAAUCUUCUAGUCAAAGGUGUUUCCAAUAUUCGUGUAGUUGAUGCUUCAGUACUUCCUUCAGUUCCCUCUGCCAAUACUGCAGUACCUGCAUCUCUUGUUGCUUUACAAGCUUUUAAAAUUAUUAAAUCACAAAAUUAA